AUGUCUUCUGGAGAACACACCCAGACGCAGGCGAUUGUCUGCCGCGCACCUCAAGAUGGCGAGAGGAAGUGGUCUCUGGAGAAGGUGUCUUUCUCGCCUCCCGCGGACGACGAAAUCGUCGUGGGGAUGGUGGCCACGGGCAUCUGCCACACUGACCUGGUCUGCGGGAGCAUUCCGGAUGAAGCACUCCCACUCGGCUUGCCCACGUACCCGCGGGUUCUCGGUCACGAAGGUGCUGGCAUCGUCAAGUCGACCGGGUCAAAGAUCACCAAGGUCCAAGAGGGAGACAGGGUCCUCUUAUCCUUCUCAUGCUGCAAGGAAUGCUACAACUGCAAAUUCGGUGCCCCCAGUUACUGCGUGAAGUGGGGCUUGAUCAACUUCAGCGGCAGCAGGGACGCCUUCUCCAGCUCGGAGUCAGGGACUCCUGGCGAGUCCGUCGGCGGCUCCUUUUUCGGACAGUCGAGCUUCGCGCGAUUGACCAAAGUAAAAGAGACUUCCGUGGUCAAAGUCACCACCCUGCUCGAGAACGACAACGACUUGAAGGUCCUGGCAUCAUUUGGCUGCGGCAUCCAGACCGGGGCCGGGACAAUCACUGAGCUCGCCAACGCUCAGCCGGCCGACACCGUCGCCGUCCUCGGGCUUGGGGCAGUGGGCCUAUGUGCUAUUAUGGGUGCCAAGAUCAGAGGCUGCAAGACCAUCAUCGGUGUUGACCGGGUUGGGUCGCGUCUCGAGCUGGCGAAAAGCCUCGGUGCUACUCACGUGGUCAACACGGGUGAGAUCAAGGGUACUCUGAUUGAGGAAAUCAGAGGACUCACCGGGGACGCUGGCACUACCAUAACCGUGGAUGCCUCAGGGGCGGUCCCGCUGAUCCAGCAGGGCGUCGAGUUUACAGCGAACCAAGGGAAGAUGAUCCUCCUGGGCAUCCCGCCGAUGGACGCGACUCUGCAGAUCACUCUAGUUCCGUACACAAUGUCGGGCAAGUCGAUUUUUGGAUCAAUGGAGGGCGGCUAUGUUCCCGAAUUGGUCAAGUGGUACAAGGCUGGAAACCUCCCUGUCGAUAAGAUAGUCAAGCUCUACCCGGCUGAGGACUACCUCAAGGCAAUUAAGGACAUGGAAGAUGGCGUCACCGUCAAACCGAUUCUCGUUUGGUGA